AUGCAGAGUUAUUCGUUCACAACCCCAACGGGACCUCCAAGGGAAGGCCAUAAAAAUUACGUAUUCGUGGAUGAGCACAACAGACACAAAAGACUCAAGGUGAUGCGAGCCUGUAAUGGCUGCAGAAAACGAAAGAUCAAGUGUGAUGCUGCGACAACAAAUACAUGGCCCUGCUCGGCAUGCACUCGCCUUAAAUUAGUAUGCGUACCCCCUACGAUUGGACAGGACGGUGACUUCUCCGCGGAACCAAAUGUCGAGGCCGGUUCGGCAGGUUCUCUGGGAGCGCAUGAUGCACCCGAGCCGUCGCUAUCAUCGUUUUCUAUGCCCCAACCUUUAAGAGGCAACAGCCAGCCUUCCGUGGGAGCCAUUCAGCCGUACGCAGAUGCGGUGGGGGUGUUCCCACAGUUUCCUCAUUCGACUCCCCAGCACCCUGGAGUGUAUGAGGUACAGUCACCGCACGUUACUCUACCAGCCCACUCCUAUCAGCAACCGCAAAUGUUUUCUUCUUCUCAGGCGGUAGAUGGUAGCAUUUUUGGGGAGCCUGAAUCAACUGCUGAAGGUCUCAGCGAGGUCCUCGGGGAGCUUAGAAUAGACGAGACCGGCAUUGCUCCUUAUAUCCGGCAACAGAGGAGAGAGGGGACUGAACCGGAAGUUCCAAUACAAGAUGAAGCUGAAGGGACACUUCCUCCCCUUAACACUGGGGCGGGCUCGACAAUCCGAAUCCCUCCAGAACUAAUGCCAGCUGAUGACGAGAUUAUGAAAUUUUUUAAAAUCUAUUUUGAUGAUAUACACCCUUAUGUGCCCGUGGUUCAUCGCUCUCAUCUCUACUAUCAGUGGCAACACGAACGUCACCUGAUUUCUCCUCUCCUUCUGGAGGCACUACUGGCAUGCUCAGGGAGAUUAUCGGAUGAUCCUGCCCAGGGGGCUCAGUGGCUUGCAUUGGCGAACAGACACGAAUCAAGCUUUAUGGAUGUGCCUCGCUUGAGUACGAUACAGGCGCUGCUCCUUCUUCUGAAGGCAAGGGAGUCGCUACCGAAGAAAGGUUAUUACUAUCGCUCCUGGCAAACCGUGAAAACGAUCGUCUCGAUGUCCAAAGAUUUGGAUAUCCAUGAGCACUAUUCCACGCAUGCUGAGAAUCGGUCGUGUGAUUUAAGUCCAAUGGAAUGUUUGGUGCAGACGAGGGUGUGGCAAGCACUUUUAGUUGUCGAGGUCAUGAUCGGUGCGCCGCAAGGUCGGUCUGAUUAUGGCGUGGAUCCCGAUACCGUCAAUAUGAAUCCGGAGCUGAGUAGCAAAGACCUUGAUCCGUUUGAGAACGACAGAUCAAGGCAGUAUGCCUAUUUCGUUCAAAAUGCCCGUCAUAUUCGUAUCAUUACCGACAUAUAUCACAAAAUCAAGAGACAAAAGGACUGGGGGGCAAACCCAAAAUUUGUCGAGAAAAAUCCGCUGUUUACUGAUUGGCUCCAAAGUCUACCUCCUGAUCUACAAGUGAACUAUCCUCCUGACGGGUCACCUCCUUGGGUACCUUCUCACUUCGUGGGCAAUAUGCAUUCGCACUGUCAUCUAGGGAUUAUCUUAUUGCACCGUCCCCAGCUGCUCGCUUCCAAGUCUUUUGCAGCCGGUGGAGGCGGAAAACUCCAUAUGGCUCUAUGUUAUGCCUCGGCAAAAUAUAUCUGUAGACUUCAGGAAGCGAUUCUGGACCGCUGUGGUCUUUCUGGUCUCCUUUUCAUGCAAAGGGGUAUAAAUUUUGCAAUAUACUGUAUACUGACCUGCACAAUGUUACAUUUGGUUGCCAUAACGUCCCCUGAUCCCAGCUUCCACACAGACGCGCGAGAUUACUUCACACGACACAUGCGUAUACUUGAACGUUGCUCUUCGGCUUGGCCAAUGCCAGAAAUCCAGGCUCAGAUCGAUUCUUUGCGUCUUGCUUUUUCCGCUGACAUACAUCGCCCCUUCGAUCUCCGAUCUACAUUUCCUUAUGGGAGUCCCUCGGAGCCAUACCAUCCAAGCCCGCCGCCGCUUGAUGCGCAUUAUACACCCCAGUUGAAUAAUGUCUCUGGUGGUGUUUCAAACAGAGUGGGUUAUACGACUUAUCCGAUCUCACCUCCCAUUUCAGCCAGUACUGAAGAUUCAAAGUCCGACUCCUCUCAGCUCCAAUCAUUAGGGAUGAUACCCUCUCAUACGAUUCCUGGCCACUCAAUGGACGUUCCACUAGUCGACGAAAACAGCUGGGACCCUACGCGCAUCAUAAACCAAUGGGACAUGGCGUUUUCUAUGGGAUCAUCCUCAGUAAAUACGAAUUCGCCGCCAAUGCCUUCGCAGCGCGUACCAAAUACGUUAGCGGGCCAGUAUCCUGUUCAAUAUGGGCAACCAGCCAAGAUACCUUCAGUUCCACAGGCGCAAGCCUUAUCGCAGCCUCAAUUCACUGGACAGCCAAUCGUAUUCACCGCGCGCGAUUGGCAGCAGAGUGUUGCCAGCGUGUUCGACCCUAAUGGGCUAAAGCGGCGGUGGAACUACUCGGCCUAUUCGCUCUUCACGAAGGGAGACAGCUGCGACAGCGAGAAAAGCACCCGUCGCCUCGACGCAGGUGACGUGAGCGCGGUCCACGUGACCAGGACCGCGUUCCGCCGGUUCAGUUUUACUGCACCCGCCCAGCCCCAGGUUUUCACCAGCACCUCAGUGUUAGCAACGAUGCUCCAACAUCGUGUGACAGUUUGGCGACCUCGGUCUGCUAGACUGCUUGACCGGACAUUGCCGCUUGUCCGCCGGUUCUCUGUCUUCCAGCAACGAGCGACGGACGAACCGCCGCUGCGAUUUGAUAACACGAAUUGGAGCCGUUCUCUAAAUGGCGAUUCUCGCCCCCCAAGAACUGGUUCGAAGCCUGCGAACUCCGAACGCCCCGGCCCUCGACGGGCCUUUGACGCACGAUCUCUCGCAGCUCCCAGGGCCGGUGGUCCGCCUACAAAUGUUAUAAGAAAUCCCCGUUUCCGGAACCCUCGUAGUGGUUCCCCAGCAUACGGACGUGGGCCCCGGUCUCCUACUAAAUCCGCCGCCCCGAAAAACAAGAAAGAACCUCGCAAACGAAUCGCCCGAGCACAGGACCUGGAGGAAGGGGGAGACAUGCAAAAGUCCGACAUCGAACAGGCCUAUCGCAAACUCGCAGAGCGAACAAAACUUUCCCCGAGCUAUUACAAUCCCCAGCCCCCCAUGCUUUCCAAUCUGGAAAGGACACUGCCUUCUUUCCCCUCAAAUUCUGGCGAUCAUCGUUCCGCAGUUCUCGAGAAGCUGCUAUCUCUAAGCGAUCGCACGCCAAAUGGAUAUAUCCCACCUCAGGAGCUUGGCCAGCGGCUUGUGAAUGGACAAUAUGUUCAUUUUUUGAACGAGGAGGAGAAAUCGCAAGCCCUGGUGGAAGCCCAGAGGCUUUCGCAAGAGCGUGCGGAUGCUUAUUCACAGCGCACAGGCGAUCUUGUGGAACCGGAAAAAAUAGAUCUUGCACCUCUAAACACGGACGACCGAGGAUUUCUGUUACAGUCUUUGGUUCAAGGGAAAUACACCAAAGAUGAACAUGUCGGCAAGUCUGCCGUUGUUGGCGAAGUCAUCAGGAAUCUUGCCAACAAUGAGACAUAUCAAACAGCCGGUAAGAGCGCACAGUUUGUGUCCAAGCUCGAAUCUCUUAUGGCAUCAAGUCGUCCUAUGAAGCGUGCGUGA